AUGAAGGAAUCACCACACACAGCCGAAACGAAAGCGCGCCGGUUUCUCCACUUUACAUUAUUUCAGGCACUCCACGGAGCGUUUGCGCGCAUGUAUUGGGAGAAGCGAGAAUGGGACAGACAACCUAAUCCGACGGAUCAUACGUUGCGUGAUUAUUGCAAUAUCUAA